GCACAAUCGCAGUAUUCGUUGACUCGUGGGCGGAAACACACACAAUGAGUUUCUCCGGCAAAGUGGUGAUAGUGACUGGCUCGAGCUCCGGUAUCGGCGCCGCUACGGCCGUCGCCUUCGGCAGGGAGGGCGCCUCCGUGGUCCUCGUCGGCAGAAACGAUACCAAACUGAAGAAAGUCGCCGAAACAGUGAAGACACAUUUGAUCGUCAAAGCGGACGUAUCCAAAGGAGACGAUGCCAAACUGAUCAUCUCUAAGACCCUGGAGACAUUCGGCAAAAUCGACGUCCUAGUCAACAACGCCGGGAUUGCCAGAUUAGGCGGUCUGUUAGCAGGCGACCUGAUGGACUCGUACGACGAGGUGAUGAAUACGAAUCUGCGAGCGGUGUUCCACCUGACGUGCUUAGCGACCCCUCAUUUGGUCAAGACGAAGGGGAACGUUGUGAACAUAUCUUCAGUGGCGGGGUCCUCAACGCCUCCGCCUUCGUUGGUGACGUACGCCGUGUCGAAGGCAGCUUUGGACCAGUUCACCAGGGGAGCGGCGUCGGAGCUGGCGCCGGCUGGCGUCCGGGUCAACGUCGUCAGCCCGGGCCCGGUGGUGACGGACAUCAUCGAGAAUAGCGGCAUGACGACGAGCUCGUAUGACGAAUGGGGCACCAGGACCGCGCUGGGCCGCUCGUCCGAUCCGGCUGAAAUGGCGGACCUCGUGCUGUACUUAGCCAGUGAUAAAGCUAAAUGCAUCACCGGUGCUAAUGUUGUAGCAGAUAACGGCUAUUUGGUGAAGUCACAAUAGAGUUGUGAAAUUAAGAA